AUGUGUCUGCUACUUUUAGCCGCCCUCUCUCUAUCCAUAUCCACCAUUUGCUACCGCCUUUACUUCAAAUUCAUCAAGGUCCCAUCGGAGAUCCAACGCCAUUUCCGUCAACAAGGUGUCGGAGGGCCAACCUACAACGCCAUUUCCGGCAACUCCAAUGAGCUCCGGCGGCUGAUGAUGAUGGCUGAACACAAAUCGCCACCUGAUGAAUCUUUCAACAAUGACCAUGUGGUUCGACAAGUAAUGCCACACUACUACUUUUGGUCCAAGGUUUAUGGCGAUCAGUUUUUGUUUUGGUUUGGGACGAGACCCAGGUUAGCCGUCACCGAUCCGGAAAUGAUCAAGGAGGUGUUGUUGAAUACGAACGGCUGGUUUCGAAAAGCUCGAGUGAACCCCUUGGUUAAAGCUUUGUUUGGCGAAGGAAUUGUGUAUUUGGAGGGGGAGCAGUGGGCUGUUCAUAGAAAGAUUACAAGCCAGGCGUUUAAUAUGGAGAGGGUUAAGGAUAUGGUCCCAGAAAUUGUGGCAAGUACUAACAGCUUACUAGCUGAAAUAGAAGUGAAAAUCGGAGGCGAAAACCGACUUGAAUUCGAUGUAUACAAGGAAUUUAACAAUCUCUCGGCAGACGUUAUAUCAAGAACCGCUUUCGGGAGCAAUUUUGAGGAAGGAAAGCGCAUCUUCGAGAUUCAAGAUCAGCUUAUCAAGAUUGCAUCCGAGGCUAUGCGAAGUGUUUACUUCCCUGGAUUCAAGUACCUGCCAACCAAGAAAAACAGGUUAAGCUGGAAACUUCAACGCGAAUCGAAAGAGAUGAUAACGAAGAUUAUUGAGAAAAACGACAAAACGAGAGAAAACCCGAAAGCUCUACUUUCGUUGCUAAUGUCUCCCUACAAGACCAAGGGAAAUGUGGAAAAGAGACUCGGUCUGAAUGAUAUCGUAGACGAAUGCAAAACGAUCUAUUUUGCAGGCAAAGAAUCGACGGCCAAUCUUCUAACUUGGGUAUUUCUUCUUCUUGCAUCGCAUCAAGAAUGGCAGAACCGAGCUCGUGAAGAAGUCGUUCAAGUUUGUGGCCGUGAUGAGCUUCCUUCCGCCGAGCAUCUAGCCAACUUCAAGAUGAUUAGCAUGAUACUAAACGAAGCACUGAGACUCUACCCUGCGGCGCCGAUAUCCGUGAGAGAAGCCUGCAAGAAUGUGAAGCUUGGUAGCCUCCAGAUUCCGGCCAACACGGAGCUUUUCUUGGCCAUGGCUGCUGUUCAUCAUGACCCUAAGAUUUGGGGAGAAGAUGCAAACAAGUUCAACCCCUUGCGAUUUAUAGAGCCGAAAAAACACUUAGCCUCCUACUUCCCAUUUGGUAUAGGUCCUCGAAUUUGCGUUGGCCAAAACCUCGCCAUCGUGGAGGCCAAAAUCGUUGUGGCUAUGAUCAUUCGGAAAUAUCGUUUUGUGGUCUCACCGUCUUACGUCCAUUCCCCAUUCCAGUCUUUAACGGUUGGACCCCAAUACGGUGCUCCGAUGAUCUUUAGUAAAGUAUAA